ACGAACUGUCAUUCACCGAGCGUCACCAGCUGUAGGUAUACGCCUAGGCCCAACACCUAACGGCUGUAGGCUAUUUUAUUCAGAUGAACCUUUCCGACACAGGGACCAUUGAUAUACAAUCCAUGUACAUUACAUCUAUACUAUUCCUAGUGUCGUUAUAACAGCACGUGUUAGGUCCCUGUGUAGUUGAUACUACAGGUAAGAUAAGUGGAUCUGACCCGAUCAGCUAAUAAUUGGAGACGCACAAAGCCACAUCCAUCCAUCGUUCUUCAACGAGUGAAUUUAUCAAAAUUGCCUGGAAAUACUUUCAUUUUUAGCUUGAUAAGAUUACUAACGACAUGUGGAAGUUUACUGCGAAUAGGCAGUGUAUCUCUGUUAUUCACUGGAAAAGUUAGGAUUUUAUGAAGUAUGUGUUUUCAGUAACCGGUUGUUGUGUCUAGUAGAGUGGAUCUGAUCAGACAAGGAGGGUCUGCCAUUGUCGGCGGAGACUUUAGCGGGAGGAGUUCGGACACGAGAUCUCUACUUACAAUGACCUAUAUAACUCCAGAGGUCGCGGAUCUUAGCUGAAACCUUUAUAGUAAAUAUUAACUGACCAGGUGUCUCGCACUGAUGACAGUACGAAAGCUGACAGGUACAAGGUCUGCCACCAUAUAACGUUAAUGUGUGACGUGCAAUCAAUCAACCUGUAACAUCCGUCUCAUCCAUUUACUCUUUUUAAAAGUUUGUGUGUUCACUUCUAUACGUUGUCGGCAAUACGUAGCGAAAGUUUCGUUUUUUAAUUGUUUCAUUGCUAAAGGACAGCUGUCUUCGGAUUUAACUAUGACGCGCCAAUACAGUUUCCAGACUGGGGUCCGGAACACUUUCCAUACAGUUGACUAUGUCUUGUUCGGCGCAUUGCUGUUUAUCUGCGCAGGAAUCGGUUUAUUUUACGCCAUCAAAGACCGGAAGCGAAGCAACACCAAGGAAUAUCUAUUGGCGGGAGGGAACAUGAGUGCCAUCCCUGUGGCUCUGUCCCUCCUGGCCAGCUUCAUGUCGGCCAUAACGUUGCUAGGGACUCCAGCCGAGAUGUACAACUAUACGACCAUAUACUGGUGGAUUGGACUGGGCUACUUCUUCACCAUCGCACUUGCUGCCCAUAUCUAUCUGCCUGUUUUCUAUAGACUCAGGAUCACCAGUGCAUAUGAGUACCUGGGCUUACGGUUCGGCCUUAUCACACGGACAAUCGCUGCUAUCAUCUACAUCAUACAAAUGGUUCUGUACAUGUCCAUUGUGUUGUAUGCACCAUCCCUGGCCAUCAAUGCAGUGACAGAUUUUAGUCUGUGGGGUGCUGUCUGGGCCGUGGGUCUCGUCUGCAUCUUCUACACCACACUGGGCGGUAUGAAGGCCGUGUUAUGGACUGACACGUUCCAAGUGUCCCUGAUGAUCGCCGGCCUGCUCGCAGUGCUCAUCCAAGGUUCCAUAGAAGUAGGCGGCUUCGCGAAGGCUUGGGAAAUAUCUCGGGUUAGCGGAAGGAUAUGGUUUACCGACUUCGAUCCUGACCCGAUUGUGCGCCACAGUUUCUGGACAUGUGUAUUCGGGGGCGCCUUUACGUGGCUGUCGGUAUACGGUGCCAACCAGGCACAGAUCCAGCGGGCCAUCACGUGUCCCACCAUAAGAAAGGCUCAGUAUGCCUAUUGGUUCAACUUCCCAGGACUCUGUGUUAUCCUGCUCCUGUGCUGUUUAAUAGGAACCGUCAUAUACGCCUUCUAUCAAACCUGCGACCCCCUGUCAUUCGGACUGAUCGACGCUUCAGAUCAAUUGCUUCCCCUGUUUGUGAUGGACGUGCUCGGUCACAUGCCUGGUAUACCGGGACUGUUUGUGUCCUGCCUUUUCAGUGGUGCUCUCAGCACCCUAUCAUCCGGCUUGAAUUCCAUAGCUGCUGUCAUACUUGAGGAUUGUGUGAAGAUAUUCUGCUUCAAAGAAAUGUCGGAGCGAAAAGCAACAUUUGCAUCGAAGAUCCUUGGUAAGUGUUAAGUUCACACAGCAGUGAAAUCAUCAAAGA